UAUUUUACCUUUUCAAUGAAAAGAGUAAUCAGUUGAUCACUUUCAUCUCGAUGUUCGCAUUGUUAGAUUGUUAAUCAAUUUAGUUUUUGAUUGUUCGGUUUUGUUUAUAUUUUUCCCUUCUUAUGUUCUCAGAGUUUUCAUCAAAUUCAUUACACUGGAUUAAUCUUCAAUUAGUUUAUUAUUUAUAAUAUCUGUUGUCUUGGUAAAUUAUCCUUCGGGUUUAAUUCUAAGUUGAAUAUUGAAAGUGAAUUUGAUCGUUUGAUUGAUUUUUUUAUCGGACACUAGGCCUUUUGGUUCUCCAGUACAUUCACAUUUUCUUCCUGUAACUCUGGUCAUUCUCUGAUUGUCCAUUGGAAAGUCAUUCCAUGUCUAAAAUUGGAAUUGGUGUUUUUACCCUUAACCAAUUAGCUUUGGAUUUUGAUGGAAAUUGUCAUCGGAUAUUAAACAGUAUUGAAAUCGCUCAACGAAAUGGAGCUUCGAUCAGAGUUGGACCUGAAUUAGAAGUAUCCGGUUACUCUUGUGAAGAUGCUUUUUUCGAGGCUGAUACUUGUUAUCACUCUUGGCAAACUGUUGCCGAAAUCAUUAAGAAACAAUUCACCGAAAUAAUUAUCGAUAUUGGAUUGCCGGUUUACAAGGAUGGUUCACUUUACAAUUGCCGAGUGGUGAUACUUAAUAGUAAGAUUUUGAUGAUACGACCAAAGACUAAAUUAGCGGAUAGUGGGAAUUAUCGAGAGUCUCGUUGGUUCGCUGCCUGGGCUGUUGACUCUGGAAUCCAUUGGUUUCCUUUGCCAUCAUUUAUCGCACAAUUAACUAGUCAACAAUAUGUUCCUUUCGGAUCUGAGAUAAUAAUUGAAAUUGUUCCACCCAAGAUUGAUUCUUGCAUUUCAAGACUAUUUCCUAUUAGAAUUGGCUUCGAGAUGUGUGAAGAGAUGUGGGUUGCCGAUGCUGCGAAUGUCAGGCUUUUUGGUGAGAAAGGAGUUCAUAUUAUCAUAAAUGGAUCUGGUUCUUAUUGGGAAAUUCGUAAACUUGAUCGAGCUCUUGAACUGAUGAAAACAGCGACAAGUAAAACUGGUGGUCUUUAUGUUUUCUCAAAUUUAAUCGGCUGUGAUGGAGCGCGAAUUUGUUUCUAUGGUCGAAGUUUGGUGGCCUUAAAUGGCAAAGUCGUCGCCAAAACGACAACUAUGGACACUUUUCUUCGAGAUGUAGAUUAUGCUAUAUAUAAAUUGGAUCCUUUAGAUAUAACAAACUAUCGACAACAGUACAAUAUUCGAAGUGCACCAAAUUCGAGCUCUCGACUAAUAUUUUAUGCAGAUUCUAAUCGACUCGAAAUAGAUUCCGGACUCGUCGAUUGUCCUGAAAGUGCCACCAUUUCGAUCCAUAAUUUUAAUUUAUAUCAAACCAAUUCAUCACCCAAUCCACCUUGUCACUUGACUGACAUAUUACCCGAGCAAGAGAUUAUGAUCUACGGAUCAUUGUGGCUUUGGGAUUAUCUCCGACGAUGUCAUUCCUGGUGUAAAGGAUUCGUUGUGCCUUUAAGCGGUGGCCUUGAUUCAGCCUCUGUUGUUUGUAUGGUUUACUGUAUGUGUGUACAUAUUUUUGAUCAUUUGCAAAAGGAAAUCGUCUUGAAAUCUGAUACAAACUUUUUCAAAGCUCUAGGAUCAAUAUUAGAAUCGAUGCCUUUAUCACGAAUCAAAAGUCCUAAAGAAAUUUGUCAAAAGCUUUUACGUUGUGUUUACCUGAAAACGAAUUACUCUGGGAAAGCCAGUGAAGAACGAGCUUCAAGAAUCGCCAAAAUGUGUGGUGCUGAAUUUCACAUAAUCGAUUUUACAGAAAUCUAUCAAUCUGUUGACAAAUUAACCAGUUCAACACUUGAUCGACCAACACCAAAAACUAUUCCUCUUCGAAUUCAAAAUGUUCAAGCUCGUCUACGAAUGUUGUUAACUUAUGAUCUCAGUGAUUGUAAUCGUCUAGUCUUGGCAACUGGUAAUGUCGAUGAAGCCUUAGUUGGAUACUUAACUAAGUAUGAUUGCUCGUCAGCUGAUAUUAAUCCAAUUGGAAGCCUUUCUAAACAAGAUCUCCGUCGAUUUUUGGCCUACAUUCGUGAUAAAGUUCUUAUGGAAGACACCGAAGUCUUAACGCAAACCUUAAAUGCCAUUCCUAGCGCUGAAUUAACUGGAGAAAGUCAAAGCGAUGAACAAGAUCUCGGUUUGACUUACGAAGAGCUCAGUUUGUUUGGACGACUUCGCCGAGGUGAAUUCGGUGCGUGUGGACCUUACAGUUUAUUCUGUAAAUUGUUGGAAAAUGCCGAAAAUUUUAAUCAACCAACCAAUCCAAUUAUUAUCGCUAACAAAGUGAAGCGAUUUUUUAUUCUACAUGCUCGCAAUCGACAUAAACAAACCGUUUUAACGCCUUCACUUCACGCGGAAUCAUUUUCUCCGGAUGAUAAUCGAUUUGAUCAACGGCAAUUUUUAUUCGACCCAAACUGGUCAAGACAAUUUAAAUCAAUCGACGAAAGAGUCGCCAAAGAAAUGGAACCCAAGCCUCGCUAAUCAAUUCCAAUCACCCAACCAAAGACCAACUAGUUGAACCAAUUUCUUUCCAAUCAACACGCGUUAAUAAUGAAGCAAUUAAAUUGAUCUGGAAAAUGAAAUUUACUUAAACCACAUCAUCAUUGCGAAUCAACAAUCAAAAAAUUGAGAAUAUCUUAUAAGAGAUUUAAUCCAAUUGGAGCUGAGUGUAGGUGAAUCACAUCAUUGGGAUGAUAAGAUUUACUAAUUUAAUGAAUAAAAAUCAAGAAAAAAAUUAA